AUGACUUCUAUACUGGACAUUGAAUUUUCAUCGGAUGAUUCUGAGUACGAAGAGAAAUCCAAGAGUGUAGGCGAUGAAGAGGGGGUUAGGACAAAUCCACGAAGGGUUAAACGAAAUAUAAUGAAAGUGUUCGGGCAAAUGGAGUCACAAAGUAAAAAACGAUAUUCAAUCCCCCAGGUUACUGACGUUAACGAUAUCAUGCUACAAUUUCACAGGGCUUACGAACUGGAAGCUAAGGAUUAUUCGACAGAAAGACUUCUAGAUAUUAUGGACAAAUGCUCUAGUAGGGUCUGUUUGGACAACAAUCGCAAUCCUAGUUUUUACAAAAACAGCACAACCCCAACUGGAGAUGCUGUAUCUAUCAGCGAAAUACUACAAGGUGUCAAUUCUGGGCGGAUCAAAGAGGUCACCACCACCUACAAAUUCGCCGGCAAAGUAUACAAUAUAUCGAGCAAAGUGGAUGAAAAUUCCAGGGAGUAUAAAAAUUACCUAAAGUCAAAGGAUAAACAGGUUGGAGGUGGACUAUCAUGGCUAGACAAUAUGGUGUCGGGAUUGGAGAGUAAACGAAACAUAAGUGCAAUACUGAAAAGUCAAAAGGAUUGGGAACAGUUUACAAAGAAACACCAAUUGCAAGAUAAGCUGAAGCAAGGACAUAAAUUUAUCAAGCAAAGCAACUUUAUCUCUCGUGCUGAAUGGCUAGAACACCAAAUCAAAUUGGAUAACAAGCCAGUAUUAGACCCCCCAAAGUAA